GAGUUCUGGCCUUGAUCACACUUCUUCAACCCCCUAGGUCAUUCAUUUUUACCAUGUCGUUGAAUCUCCUGGGUCGUUUCGCCCGCAGUCCGCGAGUAGCGCUGAAUCGUGUCCCUCGACGAUGGAGUAGCAUUUCCCAACGCCCUGGUUCGGACCGGGUGCAAUUCCCCGGUGCGGUCAACAGCAAAUUCACCACCGAGAUGAGUUUCAUCAAUCCUACCGACCUCCCGAGUAUCCCUACUUUCCGCGUGAUGAACUCCGACGGCGAGCUGCUCGACCCCAAUCGGAAACCCCUCGGAGUGUCCAACGAGGAGAUUCUCACCUGGUAUAAGAACAUGUUAGCGGUAAGCGUCAUGGACGUGGUCAUGUUCGAGGCCCAGCGACAAGGCCGUCUCAGUUUCUACAUGGUCUCCGCCGGAGAAGAAGGCAUCAGCGUCGGGUCCGCAGCAGCCCUAACCCCAGACGACGUGGUAUUCGCCCAAUACCGAGAAACGGGCGUCUUCCAACAGCGAGGCUUCACCCUCCACGACUUCAUGAGCCAGCUCUUCGCCAACUGCAACGACAACGGCCGGGGCCGCAACAUGCCCGUCCACUACGGGUGCAAAUAUCCUCGCAUCCACGCCAUCUCCUCUCCCCUGGCCACCCAAAUCCCCCAAGCCUCCGGCGCAGCCUACGCACUCAAGCUCCAAGCGCUCCAAAACCCAGACAUCCCCCAACGGAUAGUAGCCUGCUACUUCGGCGAAGGCGCCGCCAGCGAAGGCGACUUCCACGCGGGCCUGAACAUCGCCGCUACACGAUCCAGCCCCGUCGUCUUCAUCUGCCGCAACAACGGGUACGCAAUCUCAACACCCACCCUAGAGCAAUACCGAGGCGACGGGAUCGCCAGCCGCGGCGUCGGCUACGGGAUCGACACGAUCCGCGUCGACGGCAACGACAUCUUCGCCGUUUACGAAGCAAUGCAAGAAGCGCGACGCAUCGCCCUCUCAGACGGCGGACGACCGGUGCUAAUCGAAGCGAUGAGCUACCGCGUCUCGCACCACAGUACCAGCGACGACAGCUUUGCGUACCGGGCGCGCGUCGAAGUCGAGGACUGGAAGAGGCGCGAUAACCCGAUUAUCCGGCUGCGGAAGUGGUUGGAGAAUCAGGGGCUGUGGAAUGAGGACCUUGAGCGGGAUACCCGUGACAAGAUGCGGAAGGAUGUGCUGAAGGCGUUUGGGGAGGCCGAGCGCGAGAAGAAGCCGCCGAUUCGGGAGGCGUUUACGGAUGUUUAUGAGGAGGUUACGGAGGAGGCGGAGGCGCAGAUGAAGGAGUUGAGGAGGAUCGUGGAGACGUAUCCCGAUGAGUAUGAUUUGAGGCAGUAUCAGGAUGGGGUGAAGGGGAUAUGAUUAUGAUUAGGGGGUUUAUUUUGACC